AACAGUCGAAAAGGAAAGUUAUGCAAGAUCCCCCCCGAACAUGUCAACAUGGCAAAAAAUAAAAACAUAAGUCUUACGGAAGCAAACAGCUUAAAUAGUAGUGUAGGGCAUACUGGGUUGAAGAAAGAAAGAAAAUUAUCCAUAACUUGAACGCCCACAAAACUUCGGAAAAGCCAACCCGAGAGGCGUGUUGGAAGAACUUAUUCGCUAAACCUCGAACCCGAAGGGUGAUGAUGACGACAACGAGGAGGAACGUUGCUCUACUAUCCGUCCUCAUGUACCUCGAUGUGGCGAGUGGUUCUAAAGGAUGCUUUCUAGAAGUCUCACCGUCUGAGACGAAGGCCCACUGUUCAAGGUGUUCCCUCAGAGCAGUACCAGGGCUCCCUCCCUCCACCACUCACCUGGACAUCAGCAUGAACUACAUCCUGGAGGUCAACGCAACUUCCUUGUCUGGCCUGAGGAGGCUUCAGGAACUGGACCUGGGGUGGCAGCAAGGCGAAUCUCUGCUGAUCAGGAGUAACACCUUCCUUCACUUAAGGGACCUGAGGAGGUUGUAUUUGGGAAACAGUUUAAGGCUGCGACUCGAACAAGAAGCGUUUGUGGGACUGUCGAAUCUGAGACUUCUUUCCUUGUUCAAAUGUGGCUUGAAUGAGUCUAUUCUGGAGGAGCGUUAUCUAAGGCCCCUGGUGUCUUUAGAAAUACUGGAUCUUUUUGCAAACGACGUCAAGAGAAUCCGACCCGCGCCCUUCUUUGCAAACAUGUCGGAGUUGAAAGAGUUGAACCUGACUUUGAACCGGAUGGGUAGAAUAUGUGAGAACGAUUUAGUGCAUUUUCAGAACAAACAUUUCCGUCUCGUACAGCUUGUAAGUGUCUAUCUGAACGACAUGGAUGAAGAAAGCUUUGACUGGGAAGGAUGUGGUAACCCCUUUCGCAGCAUGUCAUUUGAUACUCUUGAUUUGUCUGUAAAUGGAUUCGAUGUGAACAUGUUGAAGCGUUUUUUCAAAGCAAUAGAGGGCUCCAAAAUCAGCCAUCUUGUCCUGAAACAUGGUGUUGGUAGAGGCUUUUCCUACAACAACUUCCUCGAUCCAGACAAGCUCACGUACGAGGGCCUAAGUGGUAGUGAAAUAAAGACGCUAGAUUUAUCCAAUGGACGUAUUUUUGCAUUGCAGGAAGAAGUAUUCAGACCAUUUGGAAGCGCGGAGGAAAUCAAUUUAUCCUACAAUACCAUAAAUCAGAUUAAGGUUGGCACAUUUGCAGGUCUUGAAAGAUUGGCAACGCUUAACCUGUCUCGAAAUCUUCUUGGAGAAAUCCACAGGUUUACGUUUGAGAACCUCCCCGCUCUUUCAGUCCUAGAUUUAUCAUUUAACAACAUAGGAGCUUUUGAACAUAAAGCUUUGAAUGGAUUGUUCAAUCUGCAGGGCCUUGACCUAAGAAGUAACUCCAUUAGAAUAAUCCCUACUCUCUCACCCCUCCCAAAGCUGGUUAUACUUCGAUUGGAUGAUAACAAAAUUGUACCCAUGUCUCUACCUGGCCUUAUCAGUUUGGCUGAAAACAGCCUCAUCCUCAAUGUCCAGAAUAACAGGUUAACUAACUUGGAAGAUGUGUACACUUUGCUAUCCAAUCUCCAGCACCUGCAGUACCUCCAGUAUGGUGGUAACUUCAUAAUGUGGUGCACCUUGAACAACAACAUCUCCAUCCCCGUCUCGAGCAGUCUGAAAGUGCUUGAUCUAGAAAGGAGCUCCCUGCAGACCAUCUGGGCUCAGGGAAAAUGCCUGAACCUCUUCGACAACCUCAACCAACUUGACAUUCUCGGUUUGAAUCAGAACUCCCUACAGUCUUUACACCAGGACAUCUUCAAGGGCCUGACCUCUGUGACCUUUAUCGACCUCUCCUUCAACCUCCUCACCUACCUCCACCCCAACAUCUUCCCUGAGAGCCUGGUGAGGGUGGAUCUCUCGUACAACGUCCUGGCUCACCCUGACCCACUGGCGUUACGCUCUCUCCGCUUCAUCAACCUGAUGGGGAACCCGUUUUACUGCGACUGCAACCUGGUGGGGUUCCUCACGUUCCUCAACACCACCAACGCCACGUUCCUGAGCCCCACGGAGGAGUUCCACUGCGAGUUCCCCUCUCAGUUCCAUGGCAUGCGUCUGCUUGAGCUGAACACGGAGGGCUGCGAGGAGGACGACGAGGCGGAGGUCCGGGCUCUGAAGCUCUCUCUCUUCAUCGUCUGCACCACCCUCCUCCUUCUCGUCAUUGUCAGUGCCAUCGCCUUUGCGCGUCUCCGCGGCUACCUGUUCAACCUCUACAAGCGGGCGAAAGGCCGGAUUCUCCAGGGGCCCCCUCAGGAGACCCCCACGGACGCCGACGUCCCCUACGACGCCUUCCUCUGCUUCAGCAACAACGACUAUCGGUGGGUGGAGACGGCGUUCCUGAAGAGGCUCGACGCCCAGUUCUCCGACGACAACGAACUGCGAUGCUGUUUUGAGGCGAGGGACUUCCUGCCGGGAGAGAACCACCUGAACAACAUCAGGGACGCGGUGUUCGGCAGCAGGAUGACUGUGUGCGUGGUCUCCCAGGAGUUCCUGAGGGACGGCUGGUGCCUGGAGGCCUUUUCCCUAGCCCAGAGCCGCAUGCUGGAGGAACUCCGGAACCUGCUUAUCGUGGUGGUGGUGGGUAAGGUACCCCACUACAGACUAAUGAGGCAGCAGGCAAUCAGGACAUUUAUCCAGAAGAGGGAGUAUCUGCGCUGGCCGGAGGAUGAGCAGGACCUGGAGUGGUUCUACGACCGGCUCACCUCCCAGAUCCUGAAGGACCGGAAGGACGCCAGGAAACCUCAGGACGCUGGGAACAACAACAUAGUGGAUGUUGAACUGGAAAAGAUCAGAGUAGUUGAAAUGUGAUGCUUUAUUCGUUGUUAAACUGUUUUUAUAUAGACGUCUGUAUGAUUUCAACUUCACGUGAGAAUAUUGAGUUCAUGUUUUGUACGGUUUUAACGAUUCAUACUACAGUGUUUUUACUAUAAUGUUGAGUUGCUUAAAGCACACAGAAGACCAAAGAGGAGUGAUUGAGUUUUUAUACCACUAGAUGGCAAUCUUAUCCUGUGAUUAUUAUUUUCAAACUUUCCAACCUUUGUCUGCAGGGAUUCUUAAUCAUUGAAAGUGGAUCUUUUGUGAAUUUUGUAAUACAACAAAAAUCUACUAUCAAAAACUGGAUAUGUAAAACAAUCAGUAAAUCUCUGUGUGUAUCUGGUUUGGUAAAGUAUCUACAAACAUUUCUCUCUUCUUUUCCUAGCACAUGCAGCAUUUGACUAGAAGUGAAUCAGUUUUCCUCACCACCUCCUCAAUAUAGACUUGUAUCACGAGCAAACAGGAAGCAAACAGGAAGCCACUAGGCUGAUUAAAACUUCCUUCCUGGGCUGUGGUUCCUGCUGGAGUCUUGUACUCCCUCCUCUCCACUUCCUGUU